UUUAUCUCUGACACCCACCCCCCUCUCGGCCUUUCACUGGAAAACUGCAAAAGAGAAAAGGAGGGGGGAGAGAUUGACCAAUCUGACCGGCAGCUGUUAGUCGUUUCUUCUCAUGGGUCCCGCCCCGUUGAGCUACUCGGUGGAUUGAAGUGGUAGGCUGUCAGGGAGAGCAAGAAAGAGAGAGAGAGAGAGCACACGAGGAUCUGCGCGCUACGAACUAGAAACACUCUCACCAGCUCUCUCUGACACACUUCAGUAACAAGGCUUCUCUCUGACCCUAGGAGGAGGCUCUCUGCCAUCUGGAAAAAGCCUGCCUAGUGAGAAAUGCAACGUGUGCUGAGGACUAAUUAAAGUGUUCCCGGACCCUGGACGAUGCAAACAACACACACACACACACCUCCACACGCACACAGCUGCCAGGGAGGAGCCCUUUAUAAACUCAACCUCUCUCACCGCCAUCUCAGCCUCCCAUUAUGCUCUCAGUCGCUCGUCCUCCAUGUCCAGGCCUAACCCUCGAAGGGCAAGGGCCUCUCUCGUAGCCACCGGCACCACCUCUACCCACGAAACCCCCCCACAGUCUGUGCCCCCUCCCGUUUAAGGUCCGCUGGCCCCCGGAGAUGGAGCUACCCUCCAGCCGCCUGGUGAAAUUUUUUCUGAUGAUCAUUGUGUUACUGGGCCUGUACGUGCUGUGCAUCAACCGGCAGAUCCAGGCGCCCUGGCACAUGGUGGUGCUGGACCGGUUCAAGCCUCUCAGCAGUGCCAAGGACCAGGCCAACAGGUCCCUUGAGGCUUAUGAUGCCGGAAACAGCUUAUCGGUGGGGACCUCUGUGGCUUUGGAAAUCCCAGCUAGUCCUUCCAGCCCCUCACCCAAAGCCAGGCCCAGCCAGACUGCUGCACCACCAGGGUUGGGGAGGUCAACUCAGCCCACUGUCACGGCUCCGUUAAAAGCCACCAAAAGUUCAACCCCCCGUCCAAAACCUCCCAAGACCUCCACCACUAUACCCUCCACUGCUGCCAAAACCACGCCUGAUUUUUUCGGAGACAGCUACGCCAGUGAAGAUGCUCCCCUUAACACGAGCUGUCCAGACGGCAUACGCACCAAAAUGGCACUCAGCAGCUUCGCCAAGAGGUUUCUGGGAAGGAUACCAGUCCUCCAGUGGGCCAAGCAUGCCACUCUGGCGGAGUACCAGCGUCUGCGGCAGUACCCGGGUGCCCAUGGAUGGGGUGGGCUAGAGUUCCCCUUAUUACAGGCGUCCCUGUCUGUCCUGAACACCUCUGCUAAUGGGGUGAUGUUUGAUGACUGGGAGCAGCGGCCUAACCGCUCCCAGUGUGUCCGCUGUGCAGUUGUGGGCAACGGAGGCAUUCUCAAGGACUCCAAGAAGGGUUUGGAGAUCGACCAGCAUGACUAUGUAUUCAGAACCAAUGGGGCUGUGAUAAAGGGCUUUGAGCAGGAUGUGGGCUCUCGCACGUCAUUCUACACCUUCUCCACCAACACGCUACGCAACUCCAUACACAGCUACAAAGGGUUUGGCUACAAUGGACCUCCCCUCUCAGAGGAAAGCAGGUAUGUGUUCCUGCCAGACCAUGACCGGGACUAUAUCCUCAUGAGGGCAUCGGUCAUGCACACCCCUAUUGAGAGGGGACCAGAACGCACCAAAACGCCACCUAAAUACUUUGGAGAAAAUGCGAGAGCGGAGAAGUUCAAGAUGUACCACCCGGACUUUAUUCGUUACCUCAGAAAUAGGUUCCUGCGUUCCUCGGUUCUGAAGGGCAAAUAUAGGAGCAUCUAUCGGCCCUCAACAGGCGGUGUCAUGCUGCUGGCAGCACUCCACACCUGUGAUCAGGUGAGUGCAUACGGGUUCAUGACCCCGGAUUACAAGAAGUACUCCAACCACUACUACGACAGCAAGUUCCAGGGAGUCGCCUUCUACGCCAACCAUGAUUUCCGUCUGGAAAUGAGCCUGUGGCAGGAACUGCAGCAGGCAGGACUCCUCCACCUUUACAUGCACCAGGUUGACCGGACAACGGUUGCCACGGCAACCACCUAGGGGAAUCCUCAGGGCAGAGGUUCUUGGCUUGUAGGAAUCAACAGCUGGGGUUCUGAGCCACAAAAACUGGAAGCGUAGAGGUGAAUUAAAUGGCAUUAAGAUGGCUGCUUCUACU